AUGACCGACACUACUACAAUUCGCAUUAGCGCCCCUUCAUUGGGAGCCGAACUUGUCGGCGCCCUCGACAAUGACACCAAUAUCGCACUUUUCCGUGGAAUUCCUUAUGCAGAUGUCUCCAAACGUUGGACGCAUAGUGUGACUAAGCACAACUUGGAAGGGGAGACAUUCGAUGCGACACAGUUCGGUCCUCGCUGUAAUCAGGGAAAUGGCAUGGUCCUAGUCACAGGAGGGACCAAUGACCCCACCCCCGGCGAUGAUGAGUUUAAAUGUCUGAACCUCAAUGUUGCUGUUCCGAAUGAGACGCUCGGAAAAGCCGGAUCAUCCCUGCCCGUUAUGGUAUGGAUUCAUGGAGGAGGUUUUGCCUAUGGAGCAAACUCCGUCGCCCGUUAUCGUCCUCAGAGCUUUAUGGUCAACGCCCGGAAAUCGAAUACCCCCAUUAUCCUAGUCCAAAUGAAUUACCGCCUUGGCGCCCUCGGCUUUUCCGCCUCAACAGAUUUGGCCACAGAGGUUGAUGACAGCAGCAAGGAAGCACUAGGAAACUUUGGUCUCAUCGACCAGCGUAAUGCCUUGGAGUGGGUGAACCAACACAUCGCCGACUUUGGCGGAAACCCAAACAACAUCACCGUCUUCGGCGUCAGUGCCGGUAGUGCCAGUAUUCACGCUCACCUGCUUGCCAAACAUGAGUUGUUCGAUCGUGCAAUCCUCAUGUCCGGUGCGGCCCCAACUCUUUUCCCAGUCCGCAUGGAGCUCUUCGAGGAGCAGUGGAAGCAACUUUGUAACCGGGCGGGUGCUGUCGGAUCCACGCCUAGUGCCCGACUGGAACAUCUUCGCAGUCUGGAUAUUAAUGAUAUCCUCAAGCACGCCGGUCGCGCCGUGAUGGGCCCAGCCGGUGAUGGGAAACUCAUUCCCCAGACCUGGACAUUCGAUGAUAAUGUUUCCAAUGCCCGUUGCAAGUCUAUUAUCCUCGGCGAUACUAACAUCGAGGCACUCAUUUUCGACGGCAUGCUAGGAAGAUUGACACAAGAUAAGCUCCACCAGGCCGUCACACGGGCAUUCUCUGAGACCAAGGCAAAGGAACUCUGUCACCACUUUGGCUUUAAGCAGGAUCAGUCCGCCGACGACUUCCGGAAGGCCUUCCGUCUCAUGCUGGGGACUGUUCUGUUCCAGUACCCUAAUAUCGCUAUUGCCGAGGCAUCUCGCAAAUCUGAGUCAUGGAAGAAUAACGUGUUCUUGUACCAUUGGGAAGAGCCGUCACCUUUCCCGGGUGCUACACAAGGAUUGUCUUAUCAUGGUCUUUGCGCUCUUCUGUUGCAUCUGAAUGAACUGGACUCUUGCCCUCAGGCUACACGUGAUGUCUCGGUGGAAGCUGCUCGUGUUUGGGCAUCUUUUGCUCAUGGUCAGCAACCAUGGGACGCGUACUCGACUGGUGGUCAGUUCAUGCGCUUUGGACCAGAAGGAAAGUCGGGCAUUUCUUCAUUUGCGGAGGAUCAUACACGAGUAUACGGCUUCCUUGAGUGGCUGGGGGAGAACUUUGAUGAUGUGAAGCGGUUCAUUCGGGAAGACUUGAUGUAUAAUCUGGAAAACGGCACAUUAUAA